AUGGAUCCCAAAAACUCACAACCAUCAAAGAACAACAUGGGAGAUGAAAACAAACAACAAAUAUCCGAAUCAAAGAAUCUUCAGACAGUGUUAUCUGAAACGAAACAAGACGAAACAAAGAAACAGCUAGCACCAAAAAGAACAUCAAACAAAGACAGACACACAAAAGUUGAAGGACGAGGAAGGAGAAUAAGGAUGCCGGCUUUAUGCGCUGCAAGAAUAUUUCAACUGACGAAAGAGUUGGGUCAUAAAUCGGAUGGUGAAACAAUUCAAUGGCUUCUUCAACAAUCCGAGCCAUCAAUCAUAGCUGCAACGGGAACAGGAACAAUUCCAGCUUCAGCUAUGGCUUCAUCCGGCAACAGUUUGACACCACAAGGUUCAUCUUUGUCUUCUGGUUUACAAUUGCAAACCAGCUGGGCCACCCAUCAGGCCCAUCAGGUUAGCUCAUCAAGUUUAUGGCCCCAUGGAUUUGGAUUUCAUCAAUCAUCAUCUGGUUUAACUACUGGUAUAGCUAGUGAAAAUAGUUCAAGUUAUUUUCAGAAAAUUGGGUUUUCUGGAUUUGAUAUGCCAGGGACUAAUUUGGGUGGGAUGAGUUUUACAUCAAUUUUGGGUGGGAAUCAGCAGAUGCCACCUGGGUUGGAACUUGGUUUGUCACAAGAUGGACAUAUUGGGGUGUUGAAUCAACAGGCUUUGACUCAGAUUUAUCACCAGUUUGGUCAAAAUCAUCAAACUAGGGUUCAUCAGCAAAAUCACAAUCCUACUAAGGAUGAUUCUCAAAAUUCAGAACAGUAG